AUGCGUGCAUCAUCUAUUCUGCAGCAAGCCGCCGCCGCUAGAACUCCACUGAUUAAAUUCAUUGGAAAACGCUCUGUUCCCAAGUCCGUUGACCAUUCCCCACGCGUCCACCCUGCCUCCCCCUCCCCAUCUCUCCCCGAGUCGUUCGCCUCCUACAGAGCCAAGGCACAACAGCACGGUCCGCUGAACUACACCCCGCAAUCCAACGGAAUAUACGGAGGUGCUAUCGGAGGCCAGACGGGCGCAUCUCUCGGGACCGUUGCACCCAGGAAGGGCGAAUAUUUCGACCGAAACGAGCUGCCGGAGAGAUUCCGCCGCAUGACCUGGUCGCAAGAGGAGAUCGAUGCGGUCGAGACGGGCGGAGCCAGCUUGUUCGCAUGA